AUGUCUGGAAGGAACCCAGAGUUCCGGCUGGGCCCAACGGCGCAAUCGGCCGCAGCCGAUACUCUGACCAUGCGUUGGUCAGCUCUGCGACGCUUCUACGCGUUUGUUUCGUCCAAUCUGACGUCGCACUACCCGAACCAGCAGGGUGGCUGGAGCCCCAAGGGCGGGCUCUUGCUACAGGUCAAGUGCUCCGAGCAGGAUGUCGAUUGCGGCCCAGCCACCGUAGGCCUGAAGAGCGACGCCAACGCCGCCCUGCUGGCGCUGAAGGAGGCCGCCUCGGUACUGGCGGUUCCCGAAGGAAAAAUCGUGGCCAUCGACAAACACGUCGGCGUCUCUUUCGCGGGCUCGGUGGCUGACGCCCGGACUCUGAGUGACUCCAUGCGAAUCGAGUGCCAGAAGCACCGGUCCAACUACGACGCGCCCUUGUCCAUCGGAGGUCUGGCCACGUUUCUCGGAAACCAAAUAUACGCUGCCACUCGGAGUUCCGACCGGCUCCCUUACAAAGUUGGUCUCCUGAUGGCUGGAUACGACCACCUGGGCCCACACAUCUACCAAGCCUGCAGUCCGACGGGCGACACCCUCGAAUGCAAGGCCAUGGCCAUCGGGGAUCACUCUCAGUCGGCCCGCACAUACCUGGAGGAGCACUUGGACGAAUUCAAGUUGUGCAACCUGGUGGAGCUGGUGCAACAUGGUUUGCGGGCGCUGCGCAGCUGCCUUCCCGCCGGUGACAAACUGACCACUGCGAACGUCUCGAUCGCCAUCGUAGGUCAGAGCCACGACUUCACCAUCUACGAGGACAAUAGCGUCGCCCCAUACAGUGCAAUGCAGUCUCCCUCUGCUGCCGUAUCACACCACAUAGAAGCGUACAGUGAAGUUAUUCGUGAAUAG